AGAUUGGAAAUUGGAACGGAGGUUAGCAAGGAUGGCCGGCAGGUCGCAGGUUAGCGGCGGAGGUUCCACGCGUUCUUCAACUUCAAUCUUCAUUCGCCACCGGUACGUCAGAUAAGAUACGACCAUGGUGUUGGAUUUGGACCUGUUCAGGGCUGAGAAAGGCGGAGACCCGGAGAAGAUCCGCAAAAACCAACGGGACCGAUUUAAAAGCGUCGGACUCGUCGAUACUGUCGUCGACAACGAUGUCAAAUGGAGGCAGAUGAGGCACAGAGCAGAUGAGCUGAAUCGGCUGAAAAAUGUUUGUAGCAAAGCGAUCGGAGAAAAAAUGAAGAAUAAACAGGAUGGUGGAGAUGUUGGCCUAGCUGCUGAUUUCAACUUAUUAAGCAUCCAAAGCCAAGAUGAUCUCAAAGACAUGUCUGUUGCUCAAAUUAAAGAGAUUCGAGUUUUAAUUGAUAGAGAAAUGAUAGAAAAUGAAAAAGGUCUUGUGGAAACUGAACUUGAAAGAACCAAAGCAUUGAGCGAACUAGGAAACCAUCUUCAUCCUUCAGUGCCUAUAAGCGACAAUGAAGAUGAAAACGCAGUAGUGCGAACAUGGGGCGACACAAGUGUAAAAAAGAAAUAUUCCCAUGUCGAUUUGAUCCAUAUGAUUGAUGGCCUUGAAUCUGAAGCAGGUGCUGCAGUUGCUGGAGGACGAGGAUUUUAUUUGAAGGGGCCAGCUGUACUUUUGCAAUAUGCUCUUAUACACUAUGCUUUACAAAGAUGGUGCAAGAUGGGCUACAAACCGAUCUACACUCCAUUUUUCAUGAGGAAAGAAGUAAUGCAACAGGUUGCACAGUUGCAACAGUUUGACGAGGAACUGUAUAAGGUUAGUGGCAAGGGUAGUGAGGAGCAAUAUCUUAUUGCAACAUCUGAACAGCCCUUAGCCGCUCUGCACAAAGGCGAAUGGAUCUCAGAAGGCUCGCUUCCAAUAAAAUACGUUGGAGUUAGCACAUGCUUCCGUCAAGAAGCGGGUUCUCAUGGAAGGGAUACAAGAGGCAUUUUCCGGGUUCAUCAAUUCGAAAAGGUAGAACAAUUUACAUUAACAUCACCAUUUGAUAAUAAAUCAUGGGAAAUGUUUGAAGAGAUGAUAUCAAAUGCUGAAGGAUUUUAUCAAGAACUUGAAAUUGCUUAUAGAAUCGUCAACAUUGUGUCAGGUGCUUUGAAUAAUGCCGCCUCUAAGAAGUUAGAUCUGGAAGCCUGGUUCCCUGGAUCAGGCGCUUUUAGAGAGUUGGUUUCAUGUAGUAACUGUCUAGACUAUCAAGCUAGAAGACUUUUAGUCAGAUACGGUCAAACCAAGAAGAUGAAUGCACAGCCUGAUUAUGUUCACAUGCUAAAUGCAACUGCAUGUGCUACCACAAGAGUUAUCUGUGCUAUUCUGGAGACCCAUCAGACUGAAACAGGAAUUAAAGUUCCAGCUGCACUUCAUCCCUUCCUCCCACCAGAGUAUCACGAGAUCACGUUUGUGAAAGCUGCCCCUAUUGAAGAGGAAGAAACGAAGAAACAGAAAAAACAGAAAGAAGGCAUGUCAAAGAAAAAGGCAGCAAGCCAACAAUGAGCCAAUAAAACAAUAUAGUUUUCUACGAACAGAUCAUUUAUUAUAAGUUACAUGUAUGGAAAAAAAAGUCUUUCAUUGAGCUUUACACUUCA